AUGUACGAUUAGUUACAGCAAACUUGACGUACUGACCCUGCUUCAGUCCUGUCAAACUAAGAUCUCACGACGGUCCUUUUGCUACAGUCUCUCGGCGAUGGAGCGGAAAGUGGCUCGGGAAUUUAGGCACAAGGUGGAGUUGCUGAUUGAAAAUGAAGCAGAGAAGGAUUACCUGUAUGAUGUCCUUCGCAUGUAUCACCAGUCGAUGGACUUACCAGUGCUAGUUGGAGACCUGAAGCUGGUCAUCAAUGAGCCAAAACGCUUGCCCCUGUUUGAUGCCAUUCGACCUCUCAUCCCGCUGAAACACCAGGUGGAGUACGACCUGCUCACCCCUAAGAGGUCACGGAAGCUGAAAGAGGUGCGUUUGGAUCGGAUGCAUCGUGAUGGACUGGGUCUGAGCGUCCGAGGAGGGCUUGAGUUUGGCUGUGGUCUCUACAUAUCACAGAUUGUCAAAGAUGGUCAGGCUGGAAAUGCUGGCCUUCAGGUUGGUGAUGAGAUUGUGCGCAUCAAUGGAUACUCGAUCUCCUCUUGUAUCCACGAGGAGGUCAUCAGUCUCAUCAAGACAAAGAAGAUUGUGUCACUCAAAGUCCGCCAUGUGGGGAUGAUCCCAGUGAAAAGCUCACCAGAUGAACCCCUGAAGUGGCAGUUUGUCGAUCAGUUUGUGUCUGAGUCAGGGGAGAAAAAAAGCAGUGUUGCAGGCUUGGUGUCCAUUGGAGGCAAAGAAAUCAAGGAAAAAAAGGUUUUCCUCAGCCUUGUGGGUACUAAGGGUAUGGGCAUCAGCAUCUCCAGUGGUCCAACCCAGAAACCUGGUAUCUACAUCAGUAAUGUCAAGCCAGAUUCCCUUUCUGCAGAAGUUGGACUGGAGGUUGGAGACCAGAUUGUGGAGGUGAACGGGGUGGAUUUCACCAAUAUGGACCACAGAGAGGCUGUGAGAGUCCUGAAGAGCAGUAGGAGUCUGACUAUUACUGUCCUGACAGGAGCUGGCAGCGAGCUGUUCAUGACAGAUGAGGAGCGGCUGGCUUUGGAGGCCCGCAGGGAGCUGGAGAGGCAGGACCUGAUGCACCAGAAGAGGGUGGCACUGGAGACCAACAAAAUCAUUAAAGAGCAGCAGGAGAAGGAGAAGCAGAGACACUUGGAGAUCUCUCAGAAAACUGCAGAGGAAGAGGAACGCUACAGGAAGGAGAUGGAGAAGAUUGAGGCUGUGGAGAGGAAGCAUAACAGGGAGUGGGAAGAGGACUGGGGAGACAAAGACAGGCCCAAGAGCCCCCACAGCCCAAAGAGCAUAUCACCCAUCCCACCUGAGAAGAAAACCACCCCGACUCCAAAGACCAAGAGUUCUCCAUUUGGCUGGUUUUAUCGAUAUGAGGGGAAACUGCCAUCAAUCCGCAAGAAAGGAGAGAAGAAGAAGAAAAAGAAGAAAGUGUCCAACACAGAUACACUGCAGGAGCAGAGAAAAAACAAGAAGGAGAUGGAGUUUGAGCUGAAACUCGCCAAGGAGAAAGAAGAGAUGUAUGAACGAGAGAAGCAGCUGAAGAUCAGUCGGUUGGUUCAGGAGGUUUCAGAGACAGAGAGAGAAGACCUAGAGGAGUCGGAGAAAGUGCAACACUGGGUGGAGCGUCUUUGUCAGACUCGGUUGGAGCAGAUCUCCUGUGUGGAAAACGAAUCCUCGGAGCCUCCAGAAAUGCUGAAACGGAUGGUGCCAUUCAACUCAUCUUUUAAAUCAAACACCAAACGACACGGGUUUCAGAAGUACGAGGAAGAAUUUGAUCCCUAUUCCAUGUUCACCUCGGAGCAGAUAAAUGGCAGAGAUGUGAGACUGCUGAGGAUCAAAAAGAUGGGACAGCUUGACAUUGCUGUGGAGGGAGGCGCAGACUCUCCGCUGGGGAAACUGGUUGUGUCUUCUGUGUAUGAAGGUGGUGCUGCAGACAAACACGGUGGCAUCGUUCCCGGGGAUGAACUUAUGGCUGUGAAUGGGAAGAUCCUGAUCAAUGCCACAUUGACGGAGGGACAAAACUCUCUGGCUAGAGCCUGGAAUAGUGGAGGGGACUGGAUUGAUGUUGUGAUUGCUGUUUCCCCUCCAAAAGAAUAUGAAGAUGAAGUGACGUUCUUCUAGUCUUAUCAACAGCCGGCCAGCAUAGCCAGAGUGAUUAAGAAGAAGCUGUUCAUUGCAGAUGAUCCCUUCUGGACUCACAGUCUUCACAUAAAAUCACAAUAAAAUAAUUCUGUUUCCUCUUCAUCUUCACAUUCACGUGUAAACAAGCAGUGGUCUUUUGUUCUCACUUGGCAUUACUCUAGGCUCUUUGAGUCAUGCGUCAUUAUAUUGACACCAUGCCGUCAUGAAGCUUUCUCAUUGUUCUGGUUUGUUAAAUAAUGAUCCGAUCAAUAUUUAUUUGUCUCCAGUAAUCUUCCUCACCUCUGUCAACCCCGGACGUGGUUGACCUCAAUUAAAUCGGCAUGGCCACAGUGAUCUUUCCCUUCAGACAUGUUUCUGUCUCUAAUCAAUAGCGGCUCUCUAAUCUGCCUUUUCAAAGCCCAAUAAAGGCCUGCUCAUA